AUGCCGAGUACACAUGCCGUAUCUCAGAAUUCCCCUCCACCACCGCCACCACCAUCAUCAACACCACCAACACAACAACAAUUACAAUUACAAUCUUCUUUAAAGUUGGCUGUUGUGAAUAAUGAGAGUGAGCCGUGUAGUUCAUCGCAGGCAAUUAUGGAGUCUUCUCGUUCUGCUGAUAGUAAUUCGUUGCUUCGACCAUGUGUAGCUCUCUCGGAAAAAAUUGUACGUCUUUAUAAACUGAUUAACAAGAAAUAUAGUGAGGAGCGCCGGUGUCGAGAAUCUGGACAGAAGUAUAAUGAUGGGUUUGAUGAUAGAAAUGGCCAUUAUAUUGCCUUUACAGGUGAGGUAAUUAAUGAGCGAUAUACAGUGCUCGGUAUACUUGGUCGUGGAAGUUUCGGUACUGUUCUUCAUUGCUUUGAUGAAAAGCAUCAGGAACAAGUGGCGGUAAAAGUAAUUCGUCAUGGUGAAUAUUUUUACGAUCAAGGACUUAUGGAGGUUAGUAUUUUGGAGGAGCUUAGUAAAUAUCCUUCUCUUAAUAGACUUGUUGUGAGUCUUAGAAAAGUUUUUUUAUGGAAAGAUCACCUUGUAUUGGUGUUUGAAAUGUUAAGUAUGAAUCUUUUUCAAUUGAUUCACCGUACAAAUUACAAUGGUGUAAGUCUUAAUUUAACUAGAAAAUUUGCAUAUCAAAUGGUGCUUAUAUUAAAACAUUUGGAAGAUCAUGAUCCACCUGUUAUUCACUGUGACGUUAAACCUGAAAAUGUUGUGUUGCGUCAUCCAAAGCGUAGUUCCAUAUCUUUAAUUGAUUUUGGAAGUGCCUGUUAUUCUUGUCCAGCAGCUAAUUUAUAUAAAUACGUUCAAUCGCGGUUCUAUCGCAGUGUAGAAGUUAUUUUAGAGCUUGACUACAACACCGCUAUUGACCGCUGGUCCCUUGCCUGUAUGUUGGUGGAACUCCACACAGGUGUUCCUCUCUUUGCAGGCCGUGAUGAGGUGGAUCAACUUGCCCGCAUUAUCGCCGUUCUCGGCCCACUGCCGGAUGAUAUGAUCGAGCGAAGCCCAAAGAGGAAUUUCUUCUUCUACGAUCUCCGCAGGGACCAACACUAUCAACAACAUCAACAACAACAACAACAACAACAACAACUUUAUUCAUUUUCUCAUCAUGGUGUAGGCGGGGAAGGAUGGAGUUCUAGUGGUAACACCCAUGGACAACGACUGGAUCCAUACGGUAAUGUGAAUACCGCAGGCACAACAGAAAAAACAACAUCGGUAUCACCUAUUAUUGCGGCGGAUGUACUGCAGAGUAUGUCCGUCACUUCUUCCAUCUCUGUAGCCACAGGAACAUCCACAGCAGUAGGAGAAGGUGUUACCACAUCUAUGCCUACAACACUCAUAAAUGUAACGAAUAAUAAUGCUACAACAACAACAACACCAACACCAACAAAGAUGACAACUCCAGCAGAGGGACAAUCAUUACAACGACUGCCCUUGCCGGUAUCAAGUAGUAAAGGGAAUAAUCAUUCGCAUAGUAGUCUUUUCACCGCAUCGGGUACACGUCGACCAUUGACGGCUGUUACAGUCUCCGUAAAUAAAAAAGGAAAGUUAGGCCUCCCAACACAAACACCACCAACAUCAACAACAACAAUAACAUCAACAACAACAGGAAUAGGAAUAGGAGGAACUGCCGCUAUCAAUUCCAUUGGUAGUAGUGGUGUUGGUGGUGUUGUGAUAACGCCUGUGGCAUCGAAAGCAAACAAUCCAUUAACGAGUGUAGGAAAGAAACAGCGACCAAAAACUCAUGUUGGCGCUAAUCCAACCACUGUUGUGGAGCGACACGCACAACUUCCACAGUGGGUGACGGCAUUACUGCCAUUACAUUCUAGCAGUGGGCCAAAGCCGCGAUUAUCCGCUUCUACUAGUCAUAGUCAUUCCCGUGGUGUUAGUGAGGGAGCCCCAUUGUCCUUAUCGAGAUCGGGACGCAAUAGAGCACAGUCGAAAGAGGAACCACAUCAUCAUCAACAACAACAGCAACAACAACCACAACAACAACAACAACAAGAAGAAAAACAGCGAUCGUGCGUUGUCCGUGUGGCUCCAAAGAGUCCAUUUGUUCUCCGUAUACCAGCGAAACCUGAACAGCGUCAGACACUUGAUGAUAUCAUUGGAGUUUAUACAUGUGGUCCACGUGGAUGUCGUCAUGGGGAAGAGGGGCAUGAUGUGGAGAGUUAUGAACACUUUGCAGACUUUGUCCGGCGAUUUCUCGUUUACCAUCCAGGGAAACGUAUGAGUUGCACAGAGGCUUUACAGCAUCCUUUCCUCUUAAAAUUAGAAACAGAGUAUAGGACUACCUAUAUGAGUGGGCAAGCACCGUGA